CGGCGGACUUUUCCACGUCGUUUUCCCCUGUCCGCUCCGAUCUUUCCACCCACGCGUGAUCCGACACGGCGCCCGGGUUUUCCACUAAUCGCCAGGCAGAUCCGACGGUCUUCGUCGGUUGUUCGACACCGUCCCCCUUCGGCCGCUAUGAGCUCAUCCACUGUCUUUGGACUUUCUGCAGGUGGGGCAUCCAGACCGCGGGUCUCGUCGGACCCACCUCGGCUGUCUACAAUCCAUUCCAUCUUCCUCGACUCCGCUUCGGGUUCUUCGCGUGACGAGGACGCGCAGUUAAAGGUACGAUGCGGGAAAGAAAGGAAAAAAGCGUUCGUGUUUUCGUUGAUGAGAUCGCUUUCCGAUCGCUUUGGCUCCGAAAGAUCCGACUUGUGCAUUUGAAUGCCGAAUUUUGGUUCAAUACGAGGAAAAUGAAGUAGACUAAGAACGAACUCUACCAUAGUCUUCAAUUUCACUAUUUGCCCCACAUUUAAUUUUGAGAUGGAUGAGCAUGUGGUUAAGAGAGCAGAUGGAGGUCAGAGUUUUUCCAUGAGGUCUGGCAUUGUUUUCAAAGAUCAAAAUAAUGAAGAUCGAAGUAUUCAGUGUCGUGACAGGCUGGGGUGUGGUACCAGGCAUAACACCAUGAGAGGUGCCCAAAUUGACACUCAGGAAAAAUCCAAAUAUGCAAGAGCUUCAUUCCAUGCCAUGAAUGGUAAGGUGAUAGCUGGAAGCUCUUCCAAAUCAUCUUCUACUUCUAGGGGAUAUGGAAGGUCUUUCAAGGAGCAGUUGAAUCAAAAAAUUUUAAGGGGCUCAGCUGUUGCAGAAACUAGUAGCAAGCAGGAUGAGAUUGACAAAUUAACCAACAUUGAGUGUUUAAAGGAUCUAAAUUCUGAUGAUUCACGAAGAGGGAAAGAACAUUUAGAAUACACUGCCACAGUCAUAGGGCCUUUAGAAACUGAAGAUACAACUGAGUCAACUAUCAGUGAUUCAGUAUGGAAACCACAUAGACAAAUUAAUGGAAAUUUUGGCUCAGGAAAACAAGACCCUUCUUCAAGGUCCUUUAUGCGAUGCCCAAAUAUGGCAUAUACAUACGCCAGUCAUCCUGCUAAACCUGUUUCUCAAAGGUUGAGAGCUCUGGUGCAGAGGGCUGUGGUCUUAAUAGGCUAAGUUGCACAUCAAUAUCAGAUGUUCUUUCUUCAGGUGCUUCAUCCUCUGGUUUCACACAUCAUGGGAGGGUUGAUACUGUAAGAAAACGGCCAUCUGAAGGAGAAAGUUCUACUUCCAGAUGCAAGGGUGCAGGUGCAUCAUCAACUGAAAGGUAUGUGGUUUCCAUGCAUACUGGUUCUGGCUCAAGUUCAUCAAGUAUGAGUAAAGUAACACGUCAGCCAGUGUCAAGAAGGACCAGAAACCAACCUACUACUGGGGAUGGUUCAGUUUCAGUUGGAACUGGGAGGGCUUCUACUGGUGAAAGUCAAAGGAGGCUAUCCGCACAAGCUGACUACAAUAUCCUUCCAUUGGAUGAACCCAUUAUGCUUCCCCAGUACCAGCGGAAUCAUUUUUCUCUUGCAGAAGCACCACCUGAAAGUUCAUCAAGAUCAUCACAUGCCUUUCGUAAUUCAUAUGAACGACCAAGAUCAAGCAGUCAGACUUUUCGAAGUAGGUCAAUGUCUCAACCUGAGGAUAACAGCACACAAAUGCUCUUUGGCUCUUCAGGAGAUGGCUAUCAUCACUUCAAUGUGGAGGGAAUUGCAGAGGCGCUCUUGGCACUUGAACAUAUUGAACAAGACGAGGAACUGACAUAUGAGCAAUUAUCGGUCCUGGAGACAAGUUUGUUCUUUUGUGGGCUUAGUUUCCAUGAUCAGCAUAGAGCCCUGAGGAUGGACAUUGAAAAUAUGUCCUAUGAGGAAUUGUUAGCUCUUGAGGAGAAAAUGGGUACUGUAAGCACAGCUCUCUCAGAGGAGCAAUUGUCUAAAUGUCUCAAGAGAAACCUAUACGAACCCACCUAUCAGGCCACUGGAAUUGCUGUCUGUGGUGAUGAGAAUAUGAAAUGCAGCAUUUGUCAGGAAGAAUUCAUCCGGGAACAAGAAGUAGGCGAGUUGCAGUGCGAGCAUCUCUACCACGCGACAUGCAUCGAGCAGUGGCUUCGGCGGAAGAACUGGUGCCCCAUCUGCAGUUCAUCUGCCCUGCCAUUGUAGAGAAACGGCGAAGAUCUUUUAUGUCCUCUGUGAAUACAAACUUUUCUUCCAUGUGACAAAUCUAGAAUAAUCCUUGUAAUAAAUUUAGGAUGCUCCUAUGUGUACGUUGUGUUCCCUAAGUUACAACAACAUUAUUGGGAUGAUUCAGUGAUAACUUUAGCUUUCCUAAAAGAAUAUUCUUUGGGGACAAUUUAGAGUUAUAUAUUUUAAAAUUUUCA